UUCUUUUCUUCUCCUCAACAACCAAACGCGCUGCUGGCAGCGGGAGGCAGAUUGGCCUGUGCCCAGCGUGUGCUUUUAGGGAUAAAAGGGGAGCCCAUUAGGAUGAGCUGUCUCUGCGUGCCGCUGGGACAGCCACGUAACAGGCACAGAACAUCCAACUUUGCCUCUUCAUCCUCACGGUGAUAAAGAACAGUCGCAAAUGCUGCCAACUUGCCCACAGCCCCAAAGUCAGGGGGGGUACAGGAGCUGCACAGGCACCCAAGGAGGGAUCUGCACAGGCACCCAGACGGGAGCUGUGUGGACACUGGGGUGGGAGCUGCACGAGCAUCUGGGUGAGAGCUGUGCAGGUACCUAAACAAGAGCUGCACAAGUACCCGGGGGGGAGCUGCAUGUGCACCUGGGCAAGAUCUGCACAGGCACCCAGACGGGAGCUGUGUGGGCACUGAGCUGGGAGCUGCAGAUACCCAGAUAGGAACUUGCCACGGGCACCUGUGCGGGAGCCGGGCAGACCCCUGGGCUAAAGCUGUGCGGGCACCCAGGCGGGAGCACGGUUACCCUGAUGGGAGCUGCACAGAGCCCUGGGCAAGAACUGCACGAGCUCAUGGGCAAGAGCUGCUACCCAUGGACACUGGGGUGGGAGCUGCACGGAUACUCAGAUGGGAACUGCACAGGCACCUGUGUGGGAGCUGUGUGGGCACUCAGGUGGGAGCUGUGCGGAUACCCAGAUGGGAACUGCACAGGCACCUGUGUGGGAGCUGUGCAGGCACUGGGGUGGGAGCUGUGUGGAUACCCAGAUGGGAGCUGUGUAGCAAUGGGGUGGGAUCUGCACAGAUACCCUGAUGCGAGCUGCACGGACCCCUGGACAAGAGGUGCACAGGCACCCAGGUGGGAGCUGUACAGGCACCUGGGCAAGAGCUGCAUGGGCACCCACGGACACUGGGGUGGGAGCUGCAUGGAUACCCAGAUGCGAACUGCACAGGCACUUGUGUGGGAGCUGUGCGGGCACUGGGGUGGGAGCUGCAGAUACCCUGAUGCGAGCUGCACGGGUCCCCGGACAAGAGGUGCACGGGCACCCGGGUGGGAGCUGUACAGGCACCUGGGCAAGAGCUGCAUGGGCACCCGAGCGAGAGCUGCAGGGGGGCUGGACAAGAGCUACAAGCACCCAGGCAAGAGUUGCACAGGCACACGGGUAGAGCUGCAUAGGCCCGUGGACAAGAGCCGUGUGGGCACCCAGGUGGGAGCCGCACGGGCGCCUGGACAAGAGCUGCAGGGGCAGCUGGGCAAGAGCUGCACAGGGCCCUGGACGAGAGCUGCAAGCGCGCAGGCGAGGGGUGCGCAGGCACCUGUGUGGAGCUGUGCAGCCUCCUGGGCAAGAGCUGCGUGGGCCCCCGGGUGGGAGCCCCACGGAUACCCCGAGGGGGGCCCCGGACACGCGGUGCGCGGGCACCGGGCUGGAGCCGCGCGGGCCCCUGGGAGAGCGCUGCAGGGGCCGCCGGGAACGCGCCGCGCGGCCCCGGGAAGGAGCUGCGGCCCCGCAGCAGCCGUGGCUCGGCGCGGUGCCGCCCCGCCACGUGUCCGCCCGGCCGCCCCGGCCCCGGUACCUGCCGGCCGUUUUGGGUUGAUGCACCUCACAGGCUGCGGUCUUGUCCUGCCUCUGCAUGGGAAAUGGGGUGGUGUCAUCCCUGCAAGACCUCUGAGGGUCUCUGCGUGGACCAAAUUUUCUUCAAAAAGGUGUUUGAUAUGAAGGAAAUCUCAUGAAUGAGCUGCACCAAAAAUGCAUGAGCGAUGACUCAUGUGAAACCAUCCCUGGCAAAACAGCAUCCUUGGAGGUUGCUCUUCAGGAGACACAGGGGAUGCAGCAACGACUCUCUUGGCCCUUGGGAUACCAGCUUUCCUUGGUUCUGCUGCUCCAAAGCCCUCGCUGCAGCAUCAGCUCCUGCACUUGGGGUGCUUGCAGGACCCCAUCCCGCCUGGGCACAAACCUCACCGCUGGGCUGGCUUGGGGUGAGGCAUGCACGAAGGCACCGUGGGUGGGAGCAGUAUUCCCCGUGGAUGAUUUCCAGCUGCUUCCGGCCUCUUCUCCCUCGCGCGGGAUAAUUCUGCUGUGCUGAGUGUGUAAUUAUUGCCUGUGUCAUCUCCUCGGCUGGGGGGUGGGAGCAGAUGGGAGGAUGUUUAUAUUGUAAGUCCCACCAGCUGGGUGCUUGGGGCAGCAGGGAGGGCGGCGGGGAUGCGGUGAGGAAAGCAAUCGUGGCUGUCUUCAGAGAGGAGGAAACGUACCCCCCGGGAGGGAAUUAGCAGGGAGAAACCUCCAAGCCAUCUUCCCUGCUGGACGGGAAGGACAUCCCAGUGCUGCGAGCACUGGAAAGGAUGUGGCCGACUGGGAGAGGAAUGGGUCUGGCUCAGGGAUGGCGGGAGGGAUGGUGAGGAUGUGCAGAGCUGUCUCGCUGGCUCACCGCUCAAAGGCGGCACAGCUGGGCUGUCAUGGACACGUCUGUCCUGUCCCACUACAUUGGGGGCACCCAGCAAAAGCAUUCCCUGCUAGACCUUCUGCGCUGCCACUGGCGUGGCUGUGUUUGGGGCUGGGAAUCACACUGGAGCACUCACACCAUUCCCACCAUCAAAUACUCUGCCCAGGGAACGUUUUUCUACAUAAGAGGGACAGAGGAUAUUCGUAGUGGUGGAGCUCCUCUGUGCCGGCCUCCAUCCCACCUCCAAAACAUCCUGGCAGCUGUGAAGGAGACAAAGAGGCCUUUCUGCAGGGCUGGAUUUUCCUUUGUGUCCCUGUCCCUCCCCUUCUCCCCAUGGCGUGCCUUUUAUCCAGCACUGCGUUUCCGAGCACCAAGCUAAGGGAAAGGGCAUUGCCCUCGCCUUUCCAAAGUCCCUUCUCAGUUUGAACUACUCCCAGUACCCUUUGAAAUCCCACCAAGGCCCUGAGAGGUCACCAAUGAAUAUGGAGUUGCAAAUUCCCAUGUGGGCAGAAGGCAUUUUUGAGCUGCCCUGUUGGAGGGAGGCCUGGGAGCUCACCAGUUGGCAGCUGUUAAUGGCACACAGGUAUUGUGCAGUCACCAGUGCUUCUGCUACUGUCUGCUGCAGCUGCACGGAACGGUUUGCAUGCAUUUGACAUAUUCAUUGCAUGCAACUCAGCAAUGCAUGCGUGCCUCAGGCCGGUGAAGGUUGCUCGCUGCCUGCGAGUUAGCAGGAUGCUGCAGUUCAGCAAGCUGCAGUUUGCUCUGGAGCAUUAAAAACCACAAGGAGACCCAGGGGAUUCCUCACUCAUGGAAAUCCAGGGUAGGGAGUGCUAUCGUGUGGGUUUCCCUUAGAAAUGGGACAUUGGUUAGGUCAGCCUCACUACAGAGGGUUACCUCUCCUUAUAAAUCUAAGUGAAAUCUUCCAGGCCAAGGAAUUGGUUUCCUUGCGGAGAAAAAAGAAAAAAAAAACAGAAAAAAAGCACCCACAGCUUCCACUUCUCUCAAGUGACUCUUGCUGCCAUCCGCUGUGAAGCAGGAUGAGCUCCUGAACUCCCCUGCUUGCCUGCAGCUCCUGUAAGCCCUCUCUCACCCAUCACUCCAGCCAAGCAAACCAGACUUUACGGCUGUCUUCAGCAAGGCUUGGUGGUCAUCAGGAAGAGCUGCUUUCUGCCAGUGACCUUCAUUUCUCAUGCCUGAGCUUCCAAUCCACCUGGUCCCACCCCAGCUACAUCCCUUGAUGACAGAGGUCCCAUAGGUGCAGUGUGGGGCUGAGGACUUAUUCCCAAUCUUUUGCCUCCCAUUCCCUGAGGGCUGUGUCGUUGUCCAGAUGUUCCAGCCUGCCCUGAAAUAAAGCCUGUGCGUUCAACCCUUGCAAACCUGCGAGGGCUUGGACUGACAGGUCAUGGAGAUCAAGGACAGAGCAUCAAAACACACAGUAAGGGGUGGCAUUGCAAGCCUAGAGUGGAGCAAAUAACACUGGAGC